AUGUCUCAAAUAUUAGCACCAUUCCAACUGUUGGAACUGAAUGUCAUUUCCGCACAAGAUUUGGCUUCCGUGGGUCGCAACAUGAAAACCUACGCGGUGGCGUGGGUCCACCCUGACCGCAAGCUCUCCACGCGUGUCGACACCCAAGGCCACACCAACCCUACAUGGAACGACAAGUUCGUCUUCCGCGUCGACGAGGAGUUUUUAUAUUCUGAUACCUCCGCAAUCAUGAUUGAGAUCUAUGCAUUGCAUUGGUUCAAAGACGUCCACGUCGGCACCGUUCGUGUCCUCGUCGGAAACCUCAUCCCUCCGCCGGCCAGGCCAUUUCACAACAACCGUGCUCCCGUCGGCAUGCGCUUCGUCGCACUCCAGGUCCGACGUCCCUCCGGCAGGCCUCAGGGGAUCCUCAACAUCGGCGUCGCCGUCCUCGACAGCUCCAUGAGAAGCAUGCCGUUGUACGCACUCAACUCCUCCGCCGUCGGGUACCGCCAUUUGAUGGGAGAGAAGGAUGCCUAUGAAGAGCACAACCACCUCAGCCCUCACGUGUUUUCCGCGGCAGCUCCGAAGCCGGAGCAGCUCCGGCGAACGAAGAGCGACAGCAGUUCGAUGAUCGGGUCGGAGGCGGUGGCGAGACAGCGCAUGGCGAUGGCGAGCAAGGAGAAAGCGAGUUCGGAAGUUAGCGGAAAAAGCGGGAAGAGCCAUAAGAAGAAGAGAAGGUCGAAGGCUUCGUCGGUGGUUAGCAGUGUCUCCGGAAAAAGCGGAAAGGGAACGAGUUCUGUUCUCAGCGAUGUGUUGCCUUGGAAGGUUAAAAAUGGAAAAGCAAGUUCCGCACCCAGUGCCUCUGAUGUUCCCGUUCAACCACCCAUUCAGAACGACGUCGUUGAUAUUGUUGAUAAUGAUAACCAUAAAGCACCUUCACCCAUUCACAGCGUCUCUGAAGCACCCUCAAGUGAAAUGAACACAAAUAACAACACCAAUGAGCGUCACGUGCCUGUCACCAAGAUUACCUAUGAAGUCAAAGCCUCUCCCAAACCACAGUUCCACAACUCUCCGGCACCGAACCAGUUUAAGAAUUCUCCGGCGCGGCAGUUCAAGAACUCUCCGAAGCCGCAGUUCAAGAACUCUCCGGCUCCGCAAUAUAUGGUCACUCCGGCACCGCCGCAGUUUAUGGUCACUCCAAAACCGCAGUUCCGGAACUCGCCGGCGGUUUCCAAGUUCAACCCGGCCGUGGGUUUUGGUGGUUCUCACAGGGGUACGCCGAUGCACCCGUUUGGGAAGGUGAAUGGUGGGUUUGAAUAUGCGACGCCGCGCAGGUCCAACUUGGGGAACAUGGGGCCAAUUGUUCUGACGGAGUCGGAGCUGGGGCCUUCGCCGUCGGAGGUGGCUGCGGCCAUGGCGAGGAGGCCGGUGGUCGACGAGGGCGAGAACUCUACCGUGGGAGGGUGGAGCUUGGACGAACAGAGUGUUGAAGGGUUGCAGUCCAAAUUGGAGAGGUGGCGGACGGAGCUGCCGCCGGUGAUCGAUCGCGGCGAGUUCUCGAGCCUCCCGACGACGUCGAGCACUAAGACGAGCCGCCACACGCGGAGGCACACGGACGGUGAUAAUGGGUUGUUUUCUUGCUUUAGUAAUAUCUGUGGUAUUGAGUGCACCAUCGUAUGCGGUGGUGACAGUAAAGGCAAGAAGAACAGGCGCCGCCGCACUCCCUCGGCGGACAAUGCAAGCUUUCUGUGA